ACAAUGGCAGAGAUUAAAAGAAGACGACGACACCGGGCCAUGCAAAACGAACAAACUCAUUGGGAGCACAGGUGUCACUGCAAUGGCAAUUGACUGGCUUGGAUUUGGCUACGCUGCAGCCAUAGCCCUUGGAGGAUUCAUGGGAUACAAGAGAAAAGGUAGUGUCACGUCAUUGAUAGCUGGGCUAUUGUUUGGCAGCAUAGCAGCCUAUGGGUCCUUCAUGAUUUCAAAUGACCCAACCAAGACUUUCUACUCCCUCGUUGCCUCAGGAGCGCUGACAAUAGUGAUGGGAAUGAGAUUCAAGAAAUCUGGGAAAAUAAUGCAAGGUGGUAUCAUGGCAGGAUAAGUUUGCUGAUGGUCCUACGACUUCUCUUCAUGGGUGUGAUUGUAAUGUGAUUUGAACAAUACAACAACCAACUAAAGCAAGACGGAAAAUGUCAUUGCAAGGGAUGAAGUUCCAUUUGCACAUUGUUUGUGCUUGCCUAUAUGUAUUUUUGUAAUCACACUUCAUGUUUGUACGUUCUUUAAAAUAACUUGAUGUUGAUCCUGCAACCUAUGAUCAUAUUGCUGCUUUUGUCAUUCCUAAAGUAUGCAGCACUGGGGCAAUAUACACAAUGACUAAAUGCUAUGUGGAUGGAGUAAAAAGGUUAUUUCCUUGAAUAGUUGUGUUGUCUCAUAGGAAAUUGUUUAAGUUGAAUGAACUACAUUAAAUGGCUUACAAACAA